AUGAAUAUGUUGAUGGUUUUGGCUGUUUGUUACUUGACUAUUGGAGAUUUGGUCCAUCCAUGGUCGACUGGUGAUAAACAGGAUCGACUCCGUGAAGUACCAGACGAAAAGGAAACAAUGAUAGUUCCGAACGCCCAUCUGCCAGCAACUUCGAACAACGGAAUUGUUAAAAGUCGUGCAAAUUUAAAAAAUUUUCAAUUAAUUAUAAUAACACAUGAUGAAGAUUUUGUUGAUUCACUUGGUAAAUCUGCAUAUGCAGAAAAAUGUUAUCGUGUAUCAAAAACACAUAAUGGUCUAUCAAAAAUUGAUGUUUGUAAUAUCACAUCAUUUGGUGCUCAUUAA